AUGAACUCUAGCUAUCCAUCUGAAGUCGGUCGCGACAACAACGACUUUGAUUUUGCAUUCAACGAUAGCAAGUUCUCCGAUCGUCUUCUUUGCGUCGAGAUAGUUUCCGAGCCGCUAGGGUUUACACCAGAUGGAGAGGGUAGUAUCAGCCUGGCCACUCGAAAUCGUAAACGCCGUAGAGAAGAUAUUACAGAAGAAAACGUGUUCGCUGUCGACAAUGCUGCUGAAUAUUCAGAUGAACAAGUUCUCGAUCAGCUCGAUCAUAUUGUUGAUAAUGGCAAGGACAAUGAAAUCCAAGAUGAAGAGCAGGAAUCAAUGAUUGAAGAAUCACAUACACCAUUAGUUGCAAGAGUUAAAACCAUACAUAUUAGCUCCCCCAUUUUAGCUGCAAAGAGUCCAUUUUUCUACAAGCUCUUUUCAAACGGGAUGAAAGAAUCAGAAGAACCCAAUGUAAACCUGCAAAUCAAUGCCUCGGAGGAAGCUGCCUUCAUGGAACUCCUGAACUUCAUAUACAGCAAUACCUUGACAUCAACUUCUGCUCAUGCUCUUCUUGAUGUUCUAAUGGCUGCUGACAAAUUUGAAGUCUCUUCAUGCAUGAAACAAUGCAGCAGUCUGUUAAGAAAUCUGCCUAUGACACAUGAAUUAGCAUUACUUUAUCUCGAUCUUCCUUCCACUGUUUCAAUGGCUGAAGCAGUUCAGCCAUUAACAAAUGCUGCAAAAAAGUUCUUAACUGUCCGCUACAAAGACAUAACCAAGUCUCGAGACAUUAUUCUCAAUUUACCCCUUGGCACGUUUGAGGCGAUUUUGUCGAGCGACGCCCUCCAGGUGCCAUCCGAGGAUGCAGUUUACGAUUUUGUCCUCAAGUGGGCCCGGAUUCACUACCCUAAAAUGGAAGAACGACGCGAAAUUUUAACGACACGUCUAGCAAAAUGUAUCCGGUUUCCUUACAUGACAUGCAAAAAGCUGAGAAAAGUCAUGACACAUGACGAUUUUGACCCUAAAUUCGCUCAAGAAGUGGUACUCGAAGCCCUCUUUUUCAAAGCAGAAUCCAAAUCCCCUAACAAAAACUCUAAUCCCCCACGGGCCUACGAGUUAAGACCCGUGAAGGUUAUAAGGUUCAAGCUGCCACGUCAGCAAUGCAUUGUAUACUUGGAUUUAAAACGUGAGGAGUGUGAAAGUUUGUUUCCUUCAGGAACAAUUUACACGGAAGUGUUUCGUUUUGGGCGAAAAGUGUUUUCUUUGGCUGUGCAAUGUAUCAUGAGCCAACAAAGUGUGCGUCGUUUCGGGCUUUUACUAGCGAUGCAGGAAAAAGGUUUGGGCCCAUUUAAGGUUACUUAUGAGUUUGCGGCCCGGUUAAAGCCCAACAAGGAGUAUAGUAGUAUAAAUAAAGGGACUCAUAAUUUUACAAGUGGAAAAGCUGUUGGUUAUUGGAUACCUUGGAAUUCAUUUAUUUGUGAUCGAAGUAAUUAUUUUAUUAAUGGUGUUCUUCACCUUAGGGCUGUGAUUACCGUUAUUAGGCAACCACCAAAACGACAAAUUUAA